CUUAGGCUUGAAGAAGCAAACAAUCUUCAUUCUUCAAAACAUUUUAACCGAUUCGAAAAUGGUGGGACCUUCUCUCAAUGCUCCGAAGCCUCCGACCACAGCCGCAACAAUCAAAUUCCUGUGUAGUUAUGGCGGGAGGAUUCUUCCUCGGUAUCCUGAUGGCAAGCUUCGGUAUCACGGUGGCCAGACACGUGUACUCGCCGUUGCUCGCUCCAUCUCGUUCUCUGAAUUGAUGGCGAAACUUGGUGAAUUGUGCGGGAAGACGGCGAGUUUGAAGUGUCAAUUGCCGACGGAGGAUUUAGAUGCCCUUGUUACCAUUACAUCUGAUGAAGAUCUUGUGAAUCUCGUUGAGGAAUAUGAUCGAGCAGCUUGUCUACAAUCAUCAACUCUCAAAAUCAGAGCGUUUCUAUGUUUUCCAAAGAAAUGCUCUCCGACUCCUUCCACCGCCUCUGCCUCUGGAUCUGGAUCUAGUUCUUCCACAGGCACACCUACGCUUGAGGCGGCGUCACCGCAACCUCCUUCUCCAUCCUCUUUUUAUCCGGCUUCGAGGUUUCCUGUUAGCGCCACAAAUGCGUGCAUCCAUACAGCACCGUUGAAACCACCUGUAAAACUUCCAUUCUGCUACAACAAAUCUGCCGGAAAGCUUCCUUGUAAUCAGUAUAGAAAUUCCAACCGGUUUUCUCUCGUUCAUAAUGGAAACCAUUGGCAAUAACAGUUUAAGAUCCGGAAAGAGAAAAACUUUGGUAUCGUGAAGUUCAUAUAAACAACCAAAAUCAAUACAUCUAAUAGAGUAUGAAACGAUAAUAUAACGGAGAAAAUCGAAAAACAAGGAAAUGAUGGUGAGAGAUAUCGGAUAUGUGAUGUAUGAUUGGGACUGUAAAUAAUAUUAAGAUCCGGAUCGGUAUUUUCUAAGAUCCUGGAAUUCCAGAAUUGAAAAAAAAAAAAAAAUCUUAAGUUUGGAUCCAAAAUUUCCUUUUGGUGAAUGCAUCGUCAGUUUUUAUCUUA